UUGAUGACAGUUCAUAAUUUUUUUUUUAGAAUCUGUGAAAAAUGGCAGAACCCAAUCCAGAUGAAUCGAGCUCGGUUGCAUCUACCAAAGAAUCGAUAGAUGUUACUGAUGAUUCUAAAAAAGAACCACCAUCGGAAGUGGCUUCUGUAGCUAAUUCAGCUGAGAAAGAAUCCACUAUUGGAAAUGAUCCUUCGAUAACAACUGCUACAUCAGAUACUAGUUCUAGUAGCAGCACAGAAUCUGAAGAAGAAGAUCAAGAAAUGUAUCCGAUGGUGGAGGAGCCGGUGAUCAAGAAAAAUCCGUUGGAUGAUUUACCAAACGAAGAACUCGCUAGGGUUGUCCACGAAUUGCAAGCAGAAUACAAGCACAUGACAACUGAAAAUGAUAUGUUUGAGCGAUAUUUGAAUUUUAAUGAUCCCCAGUUACUUGAAGGAAUGGCUAUGACGAUAGAAAAUGCAAUAAAGAUGCAAGGCACUGAGGUGGUUAGGAGAACUACAUUGGCAGAUACCUACUCAGUGAAAUCCUAUACAUCAGCUACCAAAAUAGAAAGUUCUGUCACUGGAACAAAUUCUAUCAUAGAUAAAGGACCAAGAAUAAAUUUAACACAGAAGAGCGAUAUGGUCAUGAAAGAAAUGGAAGAAUUGCAAAAGGGUUUGAAUAAGUUUUAUAAGGAUUCGCAUAAAAAAAAAUGCAUAUUGAAGGCGGAGCUGGAAGAAGUCGGAAUAGAAUUAUCGGAAACAGCAGAUGACUUAAAUCAGUUUGAACAGACUGUUGUUAUCGAAGGAGUUGAUCCAUUAACGCAAAGGAUACCCGCGGAAAAGUUCAUAAGAUACGUGCAAGAAUGGCUGAAAUCAUCUCUGGCAGUUAUCCAGAAAUACAGACUGAGGCAAAGCACGCUUACAGCGCAUUUGAAAAAAUUGAAGCAAACUCUCAAGGAGAAGAGGGAAUUGGGAGAAAGCUUGCAUGCAGUCGAUUUCGAAAAACUCCAGAUAGAAAAUAACCAUUUUUUGAAAGAGAUCGACUUGAGAACUCUUCAACUGAUCGAUUUGAAACGAAUGAACGGAGGGGCAAACUUGAUUCUGACCAAUCAAAAGAAAUUUCUCAUGAAGCAGAUCAGUGAAAUGCAGAAAAUACAGAGGGAUAUAGAUGAGACGAGGAAUAAAAUUGAGGAUUUGGAAAGAGAAACGGAAAAGGCUGAAGAGCAACUCGAUAGAGUGAAGGUGCACUACGAAAACAUAAGGCAGAUGAUAGAAGAAUAUAAAGUUCCUGAGGUUAUGGAGUAUGUGAGAAUCAAGGGUAAAGUCUACGAAUUGCAGAAAAAUAUCAAGAUAUGGUCUCGGAGGAGUCAUCUGCAGGAUGUAGCUCUCAACUCGUCCAUCCGAGAAAUGAGAAAUAUAACUGGCAGCAAAAAAGUAUUGGAUCACUGGUUUGAAAUUUCACACCCUCAAACAACAACUUCAGAUUUAGAAUUGAAAAUAAAACAAAGGAACUCUGAAGACGAAGAGGAAGAGGAUUCGGCGAGUGAAGAAUUCAAAUUCGAUAUGUUUUGAUUUGAAAAUCAGGUUGAAUUGUGAGAAUUGUAAUAAAUUUGAUUAUGGUAA